AUGGCUGUAGAAGAAGCAGCAGCUGCGCCUCCUCUGGCUGAAGGAGGAGGAGCAGCAGCAACAGCGGGAGAAAUGGCGGCAGCAGCACCGGAAGCCACAGCAGCCGGUGGAUCAUCUGAAAAUGCAGCAGCAGGAAAAGGCGAGGGAGCUGCUGCUGCUAACAAUAGCAACAAGCGCCCUGGCGGUGCCGUGUCUGAGGCAACCUCUGGAGAGGGUGCUGCUAAUGCGAAGAGAAGGAAGACAGGUCAAGAUGGCUAUAAGCAACCAAAGCAAAAGUCUAGGGAAGAAAUGACUAAAGAAGAGCUCCUUGCCGUCUUAAAGAGGCAAGUUGAGUACUACUUAUGCGAUGCUAACUUGGCAACGGACAGUUUCUUCCAUGAGAGAAUUCAAGAGGCAGAAAAGCAAGGGAAGGGAGUGUCUCUGCACAUGAACUCGGUAUUGAGCAGCCCACGAAUGAAGUCGCUGCAGGCAACAGCAGAAGAAGUUACUGCUGCACUUGCAGACAGCACCGAACUGACUGUUGUUACAGAUGAAGAUAAAAACAUUUGGAUUAAAAGGAGUAAACCUCUUCCUCCUCUUCGCAAAAAGGAAAAGAGAAACAACAAGAACAACGACGAUAGCGGGAUAGGCAGAGACCCCCAUGCUGUCGGAUCUCGCUGCUUUGCUUUACAUUUCCUCAUUAUUUGCAUGCAUAUGAACGCACGAAUGUCUGUCUGUGUUGCUUCGGCGUAUAUGCAUCUUUUUAUCUUGCGUAGCAAGUUAAACGCUGCAGUAGAGCUGCAAGCCAAUGUGCCUACUCUUGUAUAUUGGCAGCUUUUUUUCACCAUUCACUACAUGCAUUUCUGUUUCCUCUUUGACACCAUGCAGGUACAAGUGCGGUACGUUUCCCGCAUUAACUCUCAGCACCAGUGUACAGUUUGGUUGGGCUCUUUCAAGGGGGACAAAGAGCUCUUAAAGAACACUCUUCAGUUGCAAAUUGAGGGCAAGGAGGCAAUCCUCAGCCUCAUGACGCCAGGAGAGGUUCGAGCAGCAUGCAACUCCGAUUUGCCUCCUCGCGUUCGCUCAUCCAGGGAAAAGGAGUUACAGCAGUUUCGUCGCCAGCUUGCAGGUUUGCCGCUAACUUUAGGAGGCGCUUCUUUUAAUAGCGUAGAUCAUCUUAAUAAAUGCAUGCACGACUUGCUAGACAAGACGGAGGCCGGGAAGACUCUCAAGAAGGACUCCGUCGCAGAGAAAGCAGUGCUGGCUCUGCUAGAGUACCACCCCAAUGCCUUUGUUAAGAAAGGAGGCAGCGAUAAGCAGCCUGUGGGGAUACGAGUUGACCUACAUUCUAAAACUAACAAGGACGGGAGCCCCUCCAAGUGUUUCUUCGUGCUUCGGCAACACAAACAGACGCAGCAAGAAGAUGCAGAGGACUUCUCGUUGGCAAAGUGUAUGGCGGAGAUCUCACGGAAUCCACCGGUUAAGGAGGAGGCCUUCACCAACUUCAUGGAACAGCGCUACGAGUUGGCUGCUGCAGCAUUUGAUGCAGCGCAGCAGCAGAUGCAGAAGCGCAAGGCAGCAGCAGCAGCUGCUGCUGCAGCCACCGGUGACGGCGCCGGGCAGCAGCCUAACACAGCAGAAGGAGAGGAGGGCAGCAGCAGCAGCACGGCAGCAGGUGAUAACGAGAAGGAUAGUAAAAGCAACAAGAGUCCAAGUGUUGCAACAGAAGUAACUAAAGACGGAACCCCAUCCAGUGCAAAUAAAGCUAACGAAGAACCUCCCACUGCCUCCAGCAGCAGCACCGCUGGGAAGACGGACGCCUGA